GUUGAAUAGUAAUAUAAAUAGUGUUGCAGACAGUUGUUAUAAGCUCCUACCUUUUGUUUUCUUUUCUUUUCUCCCCCUUCCUUUUCUGCAAAAGGGCCUCCCCCCUCCAACAUACAUUUAUAUAAACUAUAUAUGUGCACUAGUAGGAGCUUUGCAUGAGUCUGAUGAUGGCAAAUCAAGGGGGAAACAGCAGCACCAAUGUAGUAUUGAGGGAGUACAGGAAAGGGAACUGGACAGUGCAAGAAACAAUGGUACUUAUUGAAGCCAAAAAGAUGGAUGAAGAGAGAAGAAUGAAGAGGAUUCAAGGUGAGAGCAGCAGCAAUGAAGGUGUUAGAAACUUGAACAAACCUGCAGAGUUGAGAUGGAAAUGGGUUGAAGAUUAUUGCUGGAGAAAUGGGUGCUUAAGAAGUCAAAACCAGUGUAAUGACAAGUGGGAUAAUCUCAUGAGAGAUUUCAAGAAAGUUAGGGAUUAUGAGAGGAGAAUGUCAGAUAGUAAAGGUGAAAACUUUGAGUUUUCCUAUUGGAAAAUGGACAAGAUUCUGAGGAAGGAAAAGCAUUUGCCUUCUAAUUUGUUGCCUCAGAUUUAUGAAGCUUUGGUUGAUGUAGUUGAGAAGAAGGGUCAAAGAUUUUAUGGUAGUGGUGGUGGGGGGACUAGUUCUACUAAUCCUAACAUGGUCACUAAUGUUUUAGGACAAGUAGUACAUCUUGAAAGGCCAAUUGUUUGUAGUACUAUGGUUCAACCAGUUGUUCCAUUGCUUCCUCAUAUGCAGCACCAUAUUUCAUCACUACCAUUGCCUCUGCCACCACCACAGCAGCUGCCACAGCCCUCGCCGCUUUCGCCGCCACUUCCUGAGUCAUAUCCCUGUCCACAGCCCUUAACCAUAUCAGAUUCACAAACAAGUGGCCAGUCAAACUCAUCAGCAAAGAGGAGGAGAAGAGGAGAGGAAACAAGUAAUGCUGCUGCUGCAGCAGCUGCUAGCAAUUCAAAUCAUGAAGUUGGGUCUGCAAUAUCAAGAAGUGCAAGUCUAAUAGCAGGAGCUAUUCAAGCCAAUGAAGAGAGAGAAGAAAGGAGGCACAGAGAGCUGCUGAAUUUGCAUGAGAAAAGGCUGCAAAUUGAAGAGUCUAAAGCUGAGAUCAAUAGACAAGGCAUUAGUGGCAUGGUUGAUGCCAUUAACAAUCUUGCUCAUUCAGUACUUGCUCUUGCUGCCAAUAAAAAACCACCCAACUCCUAAUAAUCAUUCAUAUUACUUCAAUUAUUUAACUACUAGAUUUAUGUGGUUAAUUGAGAGAUAAUCUCCUUUUCUUGUACAUAAUUGAAUUUAUUAUUGAUCAAGAAGAUCUCAUAUCUUUAAGUGCUUCUAAUAUGUCACAAUUCAUCAAAUUUUACAUGGAUGAUGAAGUUCUCUAAUGUUGGACCACAAGUUAUUUGA